AUGGUGUUUGAUAAGUUUAAGGUGCUCAACUUAGCCUCAUCUAUUGAUACCAUCUGCUAUUCUGUGGAUUCGGGGAGAGACGCCUCUCGCAAGCAGAUAUUUCAAUCGAGGAACUCGUUUGGAGUGAAUUUUGGGAGCCUUUUUGUUUUGGAAAAGUAUAUCUACGGAGACAUUUUCAUUGAAGGUGCUAAUUGCGAACUAGACGCUGUAAAGAAUCAGAUCAGAAGCCAGGGAGUCAGUAAAACCAAGGAAAUACUUGAAAAGCAUUAUCAGGACUAUAUAAAUGACGAUGAUUGGGUAUGGCUUAAAGAUAAAGGAGUGGAAGCAAUCAGAAUUCCCGUCGGCUACUGGCAUGUAGAUGGUGGCUCUUUUACUUCAGGCACUAAUUUCGAAAAAGUUUCCAAGGUAUAUGCCGAUUCUUGGAAGAUUUUAAAAGAACGAUAUAUUGAAAAGGCUAAUCAACAUGAUAUUGGAGUGCUGUUGGAUUUGCAUGCUUUACCAUCUGGUGCCAACUCCAGUGAUCACUCCGGCGAGCUCUUGAAAAGGGCUGGCUUUUGGGAUUCCAGUUCCAGCAUUCUUUUGGCUACUAAGGUUGUCGAGUUUAUUGCUAGGGACCUGUCAAAGUAUGAGAACGUUGUUGGUUUACAAAUUGUCAAUGAAAGUGACUUCGAUAAUCAUGCCAAAAACCAAAAACGUUAUUACGCUGCAGCUAUAAAUGCGGUCCGAAAAGUGGACCCGACCCUUCCGAUUGUCAUCUCUGAUGGCUGGUGGCCUGAUCAAUGGGUGCAAUGGAUAUCAGAACAGGAAUUAAAAGUGAAGGGUCCUCUCGGUGUGGUUAUCGAUCAUCAUGUUUAUCGUUGUUUUUCCGAUGACGAUCGAAAUAAAUCCCCACAGCAAAUUAUCGAUGACUUAGAUAAAGAUGUUUUGACAAAUUUAUCCGGAACCGCUGAUUUUAUCAUUGGUGAGUAUUCGUGCGUUUUGGAUGGUCGAACUUGGGAAAAGUCUAAGGACGACAGAAAUCAAGUUGUCGCUCAGUAUGGAAAGACCCAGUCACGCAUAUUCCAAGAGAGGGCAAAAUCUGGUUCAUAUUUUUGGACUUACAAGUUUGAGUACGGUGAUGGAGGAGAAUGGGGAUUUCGACCUAUGUUGGAACGUGGUUGUAUUGAAAAGCCUGUGAAACUGAAGGGAGACCUAACCGAUGAUCAAAUGAACGCUUCUUUGGAAAGAAGGCAUUCAGAUCAUGUUAACUAUUGGAGUCAGCAAUGUCCUAACGAAUCGUUUGAACACCAGAGGUUUAAGGAUGGAUUUAUAAGAGGAUGGAAAGAUGCCCUAUCAUUUGCGGAAUUCAAUGGGUCUAGACUGGGAAGAGUUGAUGCUUGGAAAAAGACUCGAGUAGACCAACAUAUCAAAGAAAGAGGGGGUGGGAAAUACGUGUGGGAAUUCGAGCAGGGACUACAACAAGGAAUAUCAGAGUAUGAAGCUCAGGCGUCUAGUUAG